UGUCUCGCCAUCCACCACCACUCCAAUUUAACCCUCGUGGUUUGUGAGAGACAAGAGGGUAUCCGAGCGAGAUGGGUUCCACCAGCACUGCCGCGAUGCUCUUCUGCUGCGUCGCAUUGUCCAUGGUUGCCGUCGGAUUUGCCGUCCCUGAGGAGAAAACCAAAUUCAUCUCAAUGGACGCCCUUGAUUGCUCCAACAACAUAACGGAAACCCCAUCCACAUCGCGCAAGCUGGGACAAGGGGGGUGCCCGGUGCGGUUCGACCCCUCGCCCAGCAUGGACGCGGUGGUCAGCAGCUGCCGCGGGGUGCCGUCGGCGCCGCGUUGCUGCGGGGCGUUCAAGACCUACGCGUGCCCCUACAGCGACGUGAUCAACGACGCCGAGAACGGGUGCGCCAGCGCCAUGUUCUUCGAGAUCAUCGUCCGCGGCAGGCUGCGGCCGGGGCUCUUCUCCCAGCUGUGCCCCGAGGGCUCCUUCGGGCUCAAGUGCUGAUCGGGUGCGCGCCACGUCGUGCCAGCUCGACCGAUCGAGCGCCUACCACCGCCUAUACCUUGCUGGCCGGCCGGCGGCCGGUUGUAUGUGCAGCUAAUUUAUUACCUAGAUGCCCGGCUGCUCUCUCCGGUGGCGGCGGCAUUGCAUUGAUCAUGUAUCCGGUCGGUUUCCGUUUUGGGGACGAAUACAUGCUAAU